GGGGGGAGGAACAAGCAGACGUAGCUAGUUAACCUAUCUACAUGCGGGGGACAUUCGCUGCUGACGUGUAGAAAUUUACUUGAAUUGUCCAGUAAGCACAGGACAUCAUGGGCAAACGAAAAGCUCCAGAAUUAUACCGUGCCCCCUUCCCUCUCUACACGGUUAAAAUUGAUCCCAAAACUGGACUUAUCAUUACUGCUGGAGGAGGUGGGGCAUCUAAGACAGGAAUUAAGAAUGGUGUGCACUUCCUGAGUUUUGAGCUGGUUGGCAGUCAGCACAGCGCCACUCUGCUGCACUCCCACGACACAGGGAUAUGUGCCACUAUGAACAUGGCGCUGGGAGGAGACGUGAUCGCUGCAGGACAGGAUGGCAACUGCAGCUUGAUGCAGUUCAGACAGCGCGCACGCAAAGAAGCCCGACCAACUGUCACAAAGGACGGAGCGGGGGAGCAGGGUGGUACCAGGAGGCGAGGGGGGAAGGGCCAGAAUGGCAACAAGGGUGGUGAUGUGUCACGGACGAAGGACGAUUCCCUUCAGGUGUUGGUGGAGGACAUCGGGACGGUGCAGUCCGACCUUAGCCCUCAGGACCCAGUGCAGAAGUGUGUGUGCUUCAGCUCUGACCUGAAGCUGCUACUGACAGGAGGGGCUGACGGCUUUAUCAGAGUGUGGGAGUUUCCUUCCUUGAAGGAGAAUUUGAAAUUCAAAGCUCAUAAGGAUGAAGUAGAAGAUUUACACAUCAGCCCUGACAACAAGCAUAUUGUGACAGUAGGCCGAGAUUUUGCAUGUAAUCUGUGGAGUGGCGAUCAACUGGCACUGGGUUUAUGCUGGCAUGAAAACAUGCCCCAUAUCACUCAGAAGAUGUAUCGCUCCCAGUCAUGUCGGUUUGCUAAGGUUGAGGAUCAAAAAGAUGCGCUGAGGCUGUAUACGGUCCAGAUUCCCCACAAGCGAGAGCGUAAGCCGCUGCCGUGCUACCUCACCAAAUGGGAUGGAAGGAGCUUCCUGCCCCUGCUCACUAAACCAUGUGGCAAUGAAGUCAUAUCCUGUAUGAAUGUGAGUGACUCUGGUACAUUUCUUGGCCUUGGCACGAUCACGGGAUCAGUAGCCAUUUACAUUGCUUUCUCUUUGCAGAGGCUGUACUAUGUACAGGAAUCUCAUGGCAUUGUGGUGACAGACUUGGCCUUCCUGCCUGAUGACCCUAAAAGCAAACCCGCAAAAGGAAAUAAUGAAGUGGCAAUGUUGAGUGUUGCUGUCGACAGUCGCUGUCAGUUGCAUUCAGUGCGCACCCGGAGAUCUGUUCCACUGUGGCUGGUGCUGUGUCUCUGCGGCUUGCUGCUGUUGGGUGUCGUGCUGCUCUUGCAGCAUCUCUUCCCAGGGUUCAUUUAAUGCUGAACUCAGUCAGGGAGGGGGUGGGUGGGAAGCAGCCCACCCUCUCUCACCACCAAUCUAAUCUUCAGCAGCAGCUCCAAGUUCACAGUGUAUACCAAAAUGACUAGAACACAAACUACUGGGAUAUGGAAUAGUUCCACUAAUGAGGACAAUUCUGACACUGAAAAUUGCAGUAGCAAUGUUUAUCACACGAAUAAUCAUCUCUGGAACAUACGUUUGUGCUCUAAAUAUUCAUGGAUGAAGAACUGGGCUUUUACUUGGAAGUGGAGCUGUUUACAUUUGGAUCAUCUUGAUGAUGCAUAUUUGACAGACUGAACCAAGAGGAAAGGAGAACGCCCCCUCUGCUUUCGAUGGUCUUAUGGGUGUCUGUUCAUCCAGCAGACACGAUGUAACGCCCCUAAUGUUGAGCCAUCAGGACAUGUAAUGACACGGAAGGACAAAAAUACAUUAUUUUUAGUGGGGGAAAAUGUAUUAACUUAUAAAAACAUUUUUCUCUCAAUGUGUCUCAGGUGACUUGAUCACUAUAAUGCUCUGACCCAACAGAUGAAAAAGCAUCCUCUGUUUACCAUGUACAGCUAGAACAAGGAAUCAAAUGCGGUUUAUAAAGGAAUAUAAUACAACUACACAAUAUAAAUUUAACUUAAAUGUAACUUAUUUAUGGCAGAACACAAGUGAUGUUUUGUUCCCUCUCACAGUCCCAACAAUGCAUUUUAACUGAAUUGGUUUAAUCCCUUUUUAAAAACAUCUUUCCAUAUUUGUUUGUCAUAAUUGACAUAAAACUGAGCUAAUGAAAAAUAAAUGUGAAUUACAUGCAUUAUAAGCAAAACAAAAAAAAAAUUGUUAAA